AUGCUAUCCCAGCUUGGGGGACCUAGUCCUCUGCCUGCUACGUUGCCCAGCUCCCAGCCUGCCAAGGAAUCCAGUGCUAUCCCACUCUCUGCCCCUGCUGCGGUGCCCAGCUCCCAGCCUGCCAAGCAAUCCAGUGCUAUCCCAGCUGGGGGAUCUAGCUCUCUGCCUGCUGCGGUGCCCAGCUUCCAGCCUGCCAAGGAAUCCAAUGUUAUCCCAGCCGGGGGCUCUAGCUCUCUACCUGCUGUGGUGCCCAGCUCCCAGCCUGCCAAGGAAUCCAAUGCUAUCCCAGCUGGGGGAUCUAGCUCUCUGCCUGCUGCGGUGCCCAGCUCCCAGCCUGCCAAGGAAUCCAGUGCUAUCCCAGCUGGGGGAUCUAGCGCUCUGCCUGCUGCGGUGCCCAGCUCCCAGCCUGCCAAGGAAUCCAGUGCUAUCCCAGCUGGGGGAUCUAGUUCUCUGCCUGCUGCGGUGCCCAGCUCCCAGCCUGCCAAGGAAUCCAGUGCUAUCCCAGCUGGGGGAUCUAGCUCUCUGCCUGCUGCGGUGCCCAGCUCCCAGCCUGCCAAGCAAUCCAAUGCUAUCCCAGCUGGGGAACCUAGCUCUCUGUCUGCCAAGGAAUCCAAUGCUAUCCCAGCUGGGGGAUCUAGCUCUCUGCCUGCUGCGGUGCCCAGCUCCCAGCCUGCCAAGGAAUCCAAUGCUAUCCCAGCUGGGGGAUCUAGCUUUCUGUCUGCUGUGGUGCCCAGCUCCCAGCCUGCCAAGGAAUCCAAUGCUAUCUCAGCUGGGGGAUCUAGCUCUCUGCCUGCUGUGGUGCCCAGCUCCCAGCCUGCCAAGGAAUCCAAUGCUAUCUCAGCUGGGGGAUCUAGCUCUCUGCCUGCUGCGGUGCCCCAGCUCUCUGCCUGCCAAGCAAUCCAGUGCUAUCCCCAGCUGGGGAACCUAGCUCUCUGCUUGCUGCGGUGCCCAGCUCCCAGCCUGCCAAUGAAUCCAAUGCUAUCCCAGCUGGGGGAUCUAGCUCUCUGCCUGCUGCGGUGCCCAGCUCCCAGCCUGCCAAGCAAUCCAAUGCUAUCCCAGCUGGGGUAAUCUAGCUCUCUGCCUGCUGCGGUG